AUGGCGGCCGCGCCGUCGAACUACGAGUACCCGACGCUGAGGCGCUCAGAAAUCAUUCAAAUCCUAGCCCAAUUUGGUAUUGCAUCCAUAUCGGAGAAUGACAUUACCAAUCCCAAAUCCGUCGUCGUUUUGGAUAUCUAUACUCGCACACUCAACCACCUUGGUUUUCUCCUCGAGGAAAAUGAAGAACAUCUUGACUUCGAUGUCCUACAGCAUCUCGAUGAUCCCGAUCUUCACCUUGGAUCGGUUCGUGUUUUGAAGCUAUUCAACAAAAUCAAGGAAGUGCUUCUCAUUCUCCAAUGUCCCAAGAAAUUUCACUUGGGCGAUCUUGCCCUACCCGAGCCUUCUCGGACGGAGUAUUUCCUCGGGGCUUUUCUCAAUUUCUUAGUCGACAGGGAUGUAAGAAUGAAUUCGAUAUCGGAAAUUGUAGAUGAAGUCAGCACUUUAGAACAGAAGAUAGUGGAUAUUGAAGAGAAUAACAUUGCGCAGUUGAAUUUGGCGAUUGAUGAGUGCAAGCAAGCACGAGAAAGGGAGAUGCCUUUAGUUCAGGAGGUGGAUAAAAACGUUAGAGAGUUGCGACAAACGGUUUCAGACAUGAAUAACAAGCAGAUGUCAUUGAGGACUAAUUUGAAGAAAUUGAAGGAGAAGAUUGUGGAAAUGGAUGAUAAGAUUUCUGGUGCUCAAUUUAGUCUGGUACAAAGUGUUCAAGAGAAUGCAAAUUUACGUUCGAAAAUUGCUCAAUCACCGGAUAAAGUACAGAGGGCUUUAGAGGAAAAGAAAAUAGCUCGAGAAGAGGCCAGAAAUGCUGAAAGAUUAGCCAUGCACACUUUCCAUGAGAAGAAUACCCUUAUCAAUGUUUUCUCCAAGGUUAACAAGAAAAUGUCGAAGCACUGCAAGCAGAUUCUGGCUAUAGAAGAACAGGUCAAUUCUGCUAAAUCUGUUGAAAAGAAUCUUAAAGCAUUAAAAGCUAAAUUUGGUGAUGAAGAAGUACUGGAGAAGUCACUUGAGGCCCAAUUGGUUGAAAGGCAAAGCAAAGCUGAGCAUACUGAAGGGUUGAAAAAGCAGUUGGAGCAAAAUUACAAUACUGUGAUGGAGGAAGGAACUAAAUACCUAAGCAGUAAAAAAUCAGAGGUGGAAUCAAAGAGAUCUGAGAUUGAAACUAGAGAGAGAAAUAUUGAGAAUGUGUUAUCAAAGGUGGAUGACGUAAAGAGUGAAAUUACUUCUGUAAAAGAAUCUGCAGCAGCUAAAGUGGAUGAGUUGGAUAGUUGCAGAAGUGAGGUUGUCGAAGCGUUUCGUAAAUAUUGCGACAAGUUUGCACGUGUGGCUGAAUCUGGGCGACUUUCGUCCAUUAAAGGAGCUGGAUUUGACAAUUUGGUUUCAAUUUAA